UGAACUGUAUUAGUUAAGUAGCCAUGCAGCUCGCUUGGUUAACAUUUCCGGCUUUAGCACUCGCAGUGCUGCUCCAAGUUCAGGCUGGUCCCUUGAAUGCCACUCCGGAUUCCAUUAUAACCAAUGGCUAUCCGGCUGCUGUAGGGCAAGCACCAUAUAUUGUAGGUCUGCUGUUAAGGGAGGGUAACAUGGGAAGAUGGUGCGGUGGCUCCAUCAUAGAUCACAACUGGGUGCUGACUGCAGCCCAUUGCACGGAUCACAUUGAUUCGGUGAGCAUCUACUAUGGGGCUACGAAACGCACGCAGGCGCUUUUCCAUUUGGAGGUGGGCGUCGAAGAUGUGGUACAACAUCCCGAUUGGCCGGACAGCAUUGGCAAUGAUAUUGCACUCAUACGCACGCCUCAUGUGGAUUUCUGGUCGCUGGUCAAUAAGGUGGAGCUGCCUAGCUUCAAGCAGCUGAAAGAGAGUUUUGAGAACUCUCGGGUUAUCACAUGUGGCUGGGGCAGCACCUAUGACGCCAGCGCCCUGCCCGACUGGCUGCAGUGCAUUGACUUGAAUGUGAUUAGCAAUGCUGAGUGCUCGCGCAGCUAUGGCAAACUCCCUAACAGCGUUGUGUGUGUAGGCACACCUGAGGGCAGAUCCAUUUGUGAUGGCGAUUCCGGCGGUCCCCUGGUCACGUCUGAAGAGCCCAAGCUGAUAGGCAUCACAUCAUUCAGUGAUGCUAGCAGCUGUGUCUCAUCAGCGCCCGCCGGUUUUACCCGUGUGACCCAUCACUUGCAAUGGAUACGUCAAAUCUCUGGCAUUUCAUAUUAGUCGCAAAAAAUUUG